GAGGGGUGUUCGUGACGUCAGCAUCUUCAUGCGUGUAUGCGGAAGUGAUCAAAGGUUGAGCUGUGGAGGCAUGAUGCAGGUGGGAACAAAAUUGUUGAACUCGGUGGAUAAAUGUGUGGACGAGGCUUUGGAGGGCUUGGUCAGGAGUAACGCAAAUCUUGUGCUACUGCGGGGGCACAGAGUUGUACUCCGGUCUGAUUUGGAAAACAUAAGGGGGCAGGUCGCGGUUCUCUCUGGAGGAGGAUCUGGACACGAACCCGCACAUGCAGGUUACAUUGGCGUGGGAAUGCUGUCAGGAGCUGUGGUUGGAGGGGUAUUUGCUUCUCCUCCUCCAGGUAGUGUCCUGGCUGCCAUUCUGGCUGUGUGGAAAGAAGGGGCUUCAGGUGUCUUGCUUGUGGUAAAGAACUACACAGGUGACCGCUUAAACUUCGGCAUAGCUGCAGAACAGGCUCGGUCACAGGGCGUCCAGGUAGACAUGGUGAUUGUGGCGGAUGACUGUGCAUUUGCUCAGCCCAGCAAGGCCGGCAGUAGAGGCUUAUGUGGAACCGUGUUUAUUCAUAAGCUAGCCGGAGCAUUAGCAGAGGAAGGCUGCCCACUGGACACAAUUGUAGCCCGAGUGAAUGAAGCAACAAAAAGUAUUGGUACACUAGGUGUUAGCCUUUCUCCAUGCAGUGUCCCUGGAUGCCUUCCAUCCUUCCAGCUUCCACCAGGAGAGAUGGAGCUGGGGCUUGGAAUCCAUGGAGAACCAGGUAUUAAAAGAUCAAAGGUGACAUCUGCUAAUGAAGUUGUAAAAACUAUGAUAAGUCACAUGACUGAUUCCUCAAACAAAUCCCAUCUGCCCCUAAAAUCAGGAGACAGUGUUGUGCUGUGUGUGAAUAAUCUUGGUGCUCUCUCGUGUUUGGAAAUGGCUGUGGUCACCAGAGCCGCUGUACACUUCUUGGAGGAGCGUGGUGUGCUUGUUGUCAGGGUGAUGUCGGGAUCGUUUAUGACAUCACUGGAAAUGGCGGGGAUGUCUCUUACUUUAAUGAAGGUUGAUGAAGAGAUUCUCAGACUGUUUGAUGCUAAAACAACAGCCCUGGCUUGGCCCAAUCUCAGCAGUGUUUCUGUGAGUGGGAGAAAACUGCUUGUUGAACCUGUGGAGAAACCUGCUGUAGCUGCAGAUAAAUACAAUGAAGCUUCACUUGCAUCCAUCAUUCGCCCUGUUUUGGAGUCUGUGAGCAGAAUCCUUCUAAAGCACCAAGAGGAACUCAAUGCUUUGGACCGUGCAUCAGGGGAUGGAGAUUGUGGGAACACGCAUGCCCUUGCAGCUAAUGCCAUUCAGGAGUGGCUGUCCACUAACAACAUUCCUGGGAGUGUUGGGCAGCUUCUGGCAGAUCUUGCCGUCUUGGUCCAGGAACGGAUGGGCGGAUCAUCAGGGGCACUAUAUUGCCUGUUUUUAUUUGCUGCGGUCCCCCAUCUCAAAGAGAGCUGUGAUGGUGCUGCCUGGGCCAGAGCAUUGCAUGCUGGGACUGAGGCCAUGAAGAGGUAUGGAGGUGCUGAAGUUGGAGAUAGGACCAUGCUUGAUGCCCUGUGCCCCGCUGUGGAAGAAUUGAAAAAACUUUCCACAGCACCUCCCGGUGGUCAUAUGGCAAUACUACAAAGUGCUGUGGAGAAAGCAGAUUUAGGAGCAGAAUCUACCCGUAACCUCACUGCAAGAGCUGGACGUGCCAGUUACAUUGCAUCUGAACAUUUGACCCAGCCUGACCCUGGCGCCACGGCGGUAGCCCUUAUUCUGAAAGCAGUACUUAAAGCUUUGAAGGGCGAGAGAUAAAAAAGCUUAUACCAUGGUCUGUGUAAAUACUCUAUUCUGAUUGGCUGGAAGGUGUGCAUUAAAACCGUUUAAUGCACAGGUAGUUCCAGUCAGUUUGAUUACAGUUAGAAAUUAAUCCGCUACUAUAAACAUUGGUAACCAUAGUAAACCAGUUACACUUGCAGAGAGAGAGAGAGAGCGAGCGAGCCAGAGAGAGAGAGAGAGAGCAGUUGAGUGCGUCUCUCUCUCUCUCUCUCUCUCUCUCUCUCUCUCUCUCUCGUCCUUCUCUUUCAGUUCUCUCUCUAUCUCUUUUAAAAUAUCGCUUCGAAAUUUCCAACUGUUUGAUUUUUGUUUUCAUUUAAUGUAAUCCAUUUCAAUUCAUGUAAUGUGUCCUUAUAUACCGGUAGUAAUCGUGGUUAGAGACGCCGGUUUUAUUUCACACUUUACAUGAUUCAUUUAAAUAAAUGACAUGAUUAGUUCAAAUAAAAAAGGCCUUGUCACUGUCAGUGUUGCCUGUCAUUCAUAAAUUAUUUUAAUAAAUCAAUUAAUUUAAAUAAAAGCAAUACAAUGGCACUACUUUAUUAUUUUGUUAAAGUGGUCAGAGUGCGAGCCUUAACUUAAGAAAAUGACCAUCAUUUUUACCCGUCUGUUAAAAAAUGACACUGU